CUACCUGCUCUUCCGAUCAGGAUUGCACUGCAACAGAAGAAUGUGUUUUGACUAGUUCUCAACAAUAUGAAUGCGUAUGUAAGGAAGGUUAUGUUCGCGACUCCCAAACUCAAUGCGUAAUCAUUGCCGGGUCGUGUGGAGGUGGAACUUGCGUGGAAAAUGCUGAAUGUCUCUACGAUGAUGAGUAUCAAACGUUCUACUGUACUUGCAAACCCGGGUAUGUUGGUAACGGCAUCACCGAAUGCAGAGAAAAAGUCAUAGGAUGCGACACACUAAACAACUGUGGCGCCCACGCUACUUGUAAUUAUAACGAGGAAGAGUUGAGUUACAAAUGCGAGUGUAAUGAAGGAUUUUUCGGAGAUGGUUUGCAAUGCUAUGCUGAGAAGAACUGCCAUAUUGAUCCUAGCAUGUGUGAUUCGAAUGCAGCUUGUCUAACAGAUUCAAAUCGCCAAUUCAUCUGCCGUUGCAACACUGGUUACAUGGGAAAUGGUUCUUUCUGUCGAGAAAUAUUUCGCAACGACGGUACUUUUCUCCUACUCAACCAAGGAAUGGCGACUUUGAAGAUUCCUCUUGAUAACACCAGAUCUCUGAGGAGACCAGUUCAGGUUAAAGCUUUCCAAACAGCAGUAGGUUUAGACGUGGAUUGUUUAUCAGGGAGGAUAUACUGGAGUGACAUUAGCGGAAGAGCAAUCAGAAGCUCUUUUGUCAAUGGAAGUGGGAAAGAAGAUUUUAUAGUGAAAGGAAUCGGAUCUCCAGAAGGAUUAGCCGUAGACUGGUUAUCACGUAACAUAUACUGGACUGAUUCAACUCUUGAUACUAUAGAAGUAGCAAAUUUGGACACAAAAUUACGCAGAACUCUGUUCAACAAUGGUUUGGUAAAUCCAAGGGGAAUAGCUGUGCACCCUCAACGGGGAAAAAUUUUCUGGUCAGACUGGAAUAGAAAAAACCCGAGAAUCGAAUGGGCGAAUGCUGAUGGUACGGAUAGGCGGAUAUUCAUACAAGGUGAAAAACAAUCACUUCCUAAUUCUUUGACCAUCGACUAUGAAACCGAGCAACUGUGUUAUGCUGACGCUGGAACUAAAAAAAUAGAAUGUAUUCACAUCGACACUAGACUCAAGCAUACAUUUGCAGAGAACUGCACUUAUCCAUUCGGAAUAGCAAGUACGGACAAACAGAUCUAUUGGUCAGAUUGGAUUUCGAAAAAAGUUGAAAGAGUAGACAAGUUAACACUAAAACGACUACCACCCAUUCCAGUUCCAUUGGGAGGAAGCGGAAAUAAACUGUUUACCUUGGUUGCAGUGGCCAAUAGUUGCCCGCAAUUGUCUAAUGUAUGUGAAUAUUAUAGAAACCAGUGUCCAGGUGGACAUAUUUGUUUACCAAAUGGUCUAGGAAGUAGACAGUGUCUUUGCGGUUAUAAAGCAGAUUCCAAUGAAAAACCAUUAUGUGAUUUAUAGUAUUUUCAUAUUUUAAAAUAAAUGAAAAAAGAAAUCACGAUAGUUAUUUGCUAAAAAUUACACAUUCAAACUUUUAAAUGCUGAACAAACUGGCAAUUGUGCAAUGAAUUUGAUCAUUGAUCAAAUCCACAUUUAUCAAAUAAUGAAAACUAUUCAAGUAUUAUGUUAUCAACUGGCAUAAAAUAACAACACAUUUUAUUAGUAAAACUUUAUCAACUUCCUGAAAAA